CGACUUUCCCUUACCCUCCUUCGCCUCCUUUUCAACGAAUCACAAGCUUGUGUUAUAACACCGUGGUUGUGUUUUGGUUGUGUGGCAGAGCACCAUGGGUAAGAAGCAAGCUAGCAAAACUAAAAAAGAGGUGUCAGAGCCAGAGGAGUUUGUGGUGGAGAAGGUUCUGGACCAGCGUGUGGUGAACGGAAAAGUGGAAUAUUUCCUCAAGUGGAAAGGCUUCUCAGAUGCUGAUAACACAUGGGAGCCGGAGGAGAACCUGGACUGUCCAGAGCUUAUUUCUGCGUUCCUGGAGUCUCAGAAGGCCGUGACGGAGAAACCCGAAUCAAACAAGAGGAAGCCUCCGGCCGACGAGCCUGAGACGGAGGAGAGCAAGGCCAAGAAGAAGAAAGAGAUGACUGAGAAGCCACGAGGAUUUGCACGAAACCUUGAGCCGGAGCGAAUUAUUGGAGCAACGGACAGCAGUGGAGAACUUAUGUUCCUAAUGAAGUGGAAAGACUCGGACGAGGCCGACCUGGUGCCGGCACGGGAGGCUAACACUCGCUGUCCACAGGUGGUCAUCGCUUUCUACGAGGAAAGGCUCACCUGGCAUUCCUGCCCGGAGGAUGAGCAGCAGUAACCUUCACACGCACGCUUUCCUUGGCCAAACCUCCCUGUCCUCUCAGGGUGCCCCGCCCUCCCCCUUCCCCCUCCGUGGGGGGUUUUCUUUUCCGUUUGAUGAAGUUGACUGUACUGGUAGUGUGAGCGGUGGUGUUUUUGUUUAGUUUUAAGACGGGAUCAAGGCGCCGGCUGCGUGAGACAGGAGAGAACUGAACGCGUAAGAGGGGACGGACACACCACGCUUUGACUUCAGUACUGGCUUUGACUUCAGUACUGGCUUUGUUGAUUUCUGAUGUCUCCUCCCUGCCAGCUCCUCUCUCUAUACUCUCUCCUCACUCACGCUACCCUCCUCUCUAAUACCCAUAGCUGGUUUUAGCUGGAAAACACACUCAUAGAACAAUUUUGUGUAGUUUAUAGAAAUAUUAUGUUUGUUUUCUUUUUUUAUCUAGUUACUGGUUAUAUUGUUCUUAUAUUUUAUUCUCACUACUUACUUGAAAUUCAGAAGUCCAGAGCAUGUCGCUUGUAAAUUCUCGCUGUAAAUAUUUUUUUUUUUUUUCCCUAAAAAAAGUUCUGUUCAAUAAAGGUUUGUAUGAUUGCC